CUGGCUUUAGCCCAAGAGUAAUAGAAGAGUCUUGUUUUGAGAUUUUUUUUCUUAUCCUCGUCAUGGAGACUUACCCUUCUUUCUUCAUGGUUUGAAACCCCUUUGUGGGUGUUCGCGUUAAUCUGUUUCCCCCUGCUCCUUUUAUGUGAACCUGUUUUGUCUUCUUCCAUGUCAUGUUGAUCAGUCGGUCUAGUUUAAUAGUUCGGAGUUAACUCACGUGGAGGAUCCUGAAAGUUUGUAAAACAGAUUUGGAGGGGAGUCCUGCUUUGGCUGUGUCUAUUCUCGAAAGAGGCUGCAAUGGCAGGUCAAGGUAGCGAGUCUAAUGCCUACCCAGGAAAGUUUUAUUUCGGCUGUGGUCCCAAUGCCAUAAAUCAUCUGUGCAAUCAGAAUGUAGAUUCGGAUGAUCUUUCGUUGGAAGAAAUGCAAUCUGAUCAGAUGAACACUGCCUCUUCAGCUAAUGUGAGCCUGCGCGAUAGUCAGCUCGCCAAUGGACCGUCAGCUGCACUGGCGGCUAAUUCCAGUGCUCUCCCUCACAGCAUAGACUUGAAUGCUGCAUAUCAAGGCAAUGACAUCGGUGACAGUCAGGAAAUAGGAGGAUCGGACACUGAAAAAAAUGCGCCUGCAAGUGAUUCAUCUAAUUCUAAUACAAAUAUGAUCUCUUCUGGAAUUGCCGGGUAUGUGUUGGACGAAGACGAGGGUGGAGAAGAUUCUGCCUCAGGUGGUAGGCGUAUAUCCUGCAAAAGAAGAGCUCCUGAAGAUGCUGGACAACUGUCUCUGGGUGAAAGCUCGAGAUCAGUGAAGCAAGGAGAUAGUUUUCAACAGCCAGCUGUUAUUAAUCAAGAAAAUGCUCCUGGAAGAUCCGCCGUGAAUAAUCACCCAAAUUCUGGUUAUCCAGGACAGCUUGGAGAUAGACUUGUGGUUGGUGUCGGAGCACCUCCUGCCCCUUGUCAACCUUCAAGAGCUGCAGGAAGUGUACUUGGAACUGAAGCUGGAACAAGUUCUGAAAUGCACCAGAAUUCAAGUAUGGUUAGACAAGCUGAGAACUCCCAGCGAAAUAUCCGUUUGAGAAGUUCUGAAAGUCAAUCAGAUUCUGUGCCUGAUAACCUGUCUGCUUGGACCACAAGGAAUCCUCAUGUGCAAUCACCUGGCCAACUACCUGUGUUUUAUCAAUUCAAUCACCUUCCAAGUUCAAACACAGCUGCAGAAGCGGGAACGGUUAGUGUAACUUCUCCAAUACAGCCUUUUAUGGGCACUCCCAAUUCUUCGCAGACACUACUGACCUUCCAGUGGAAUGAUGUCACCAGGGCAACAACCGGUGAGCCAUCUACUUCCUCUAUGAAUGGAGGCAAUGCCUUGCAUCAGGAUCUGAACUUGAUGAAUGAUCCGAAGAAUGGAACGCUUCCUCCUGAAUUUCAAAGGGCAAAUUUGCCGAAUAUGUCAGCAAACCUUCACUUUGCAAAUGGGAGAGAUUUUCCAGGAAAUAUAUCUCCCAUUCCCCAAAAUGGCUCAAGUUCACACCAACCAUCUGCUCCCACUUUGUUUCCCCAACGCAACAUGUUAGAACACUAUCCUGGCAGAAUGCCUGACCUUGCCAAUCGCACUGAGCCUCGGGGACCAGUUUGUUACAGGCCAUUUCAUUUGAGUGCUUCACCUGCUGCAGAAGAGAGGGAAUUAUCAGAGGGUAGUGGUAAUACAAGGCCUUCUCAGAUGCCACUUGGGCAAGGCUUGGCAAUGACUGCCAACACAGAAACUGCCACUCGUGAAAUGACACUCUGGGCUUUGAUUUCUGUUCAGAGGAGAAACAGACUGGCAACUGAGGUGUGCUUAGAAGAUUAUUUCCUUCUUAAACUAUACUGCUUUCAUUCAUGA